UGAAGCUGGCGUCGGGCCGCCGGUGGCCGGGCGGGAUUAAGUUUCUCGGUCGCGCGGGAGCGUCUGUGCGCGUCCAUCCCGAAGCUCCUCGCCGGGCCGUUACUUCGGGACAGAAGAGAGCAGGCGAGGCUCCCCGCGUCCCCACCCUCCGCCCCUUUAGCGUUCCCGCCGGGGGCGGCCGUCGCGAGCCGGAGUUCCAUUGUAGAUGUUGGUUUAUAAUCAUUCUAAAGAAGAACAUUGAAAUUUGGAAAAAAAAAUGUUAGAAACUAUAGACAAAAAUCGGGCCCUGCAGGCAGCAGAGCGCUUGCAGGCCAAGCUGAGGGAACGUGGGGAUGCAGCCAAUGAAGACAAACUGAACCUUCUCAAGUCAGUGCUGCAGAGCCCGCUCUUCAGCCAGAUUCUGACCCUUCAGACUUCCAUACAGCAGCUGAAAGACCAGGUAAACAUUGCAACUUCAACAAUUUCAAAUGUCGAGUAUGGUCACAUUCCACAUCUCAGCCCAGGUGUAAUUCCUGUUCUACAAAAUGAAUCAUUUUUAUCAUCCCCAAAUAAUGGAAAUCUGGAAGGUCUUACAGGAUUGGGUACUGCACAUAUCAAUGGGAAACCUGCUUGUGAUGAAUUUGAUCAACUGAUCAAAAAUAUGGCCCAGGGUCGCCAGAUAGAAGUUUUUGAGCUCCUCAAGCCUCCAUGUGGAGGCCUUGGGUUCAGUGUGGUGGGACUGAGGAGUGAAAACCGGGGAGAGCUGGGUAUAUUUGUGCAGGAGAUCCAGGAGGGCAGUGUGGCCCACAGAGAUGGACGAUUGAAGGAGACUGACCAGAUCCUUGCUAUUAAUGGACAGGCACUUGAUCAGACAAUUACCCAUCAGCAGGCCAUCAGCAUCCUGCAGAAAGCCAAGGAUACCGUCCAGCUGGUUAUUGCCAGAGGCUCAUUGCCUCAGCUCAUCAGCCCCAUAGUUUCCCGUUCUCCAUCUGCGGCGAGCACACUGUCAGCUCAUUCUAAUCCAGCUCACUGGCAGCAUGUGGAAACUAUUGAAUUGGUCAAUGAUGGUUCUGGUCUGGGGUUUGGCAUCGUAGGAGGAAAAGCAACUGGUGUGAUUGUGAAGACCAUUCUUCCUGGAGGUGUAGCUGAUCAGCAUGGGCGAUUAUGCAGUGGAGACCACAUUCUAAAGAUUGGUGAUACAGACCUAGCAGGAAUGAGCAGUGAGCAGGUAGCCCAAGUCCUCAGACAGUGUGGAAAUAGAGUGAAGUUGAUGAUUGCAAGAGGUGCCAUUGAAGAACCAACAGCAACUACCUCUUUGGGCAUCACCCUUUCCUCAUCCCCAGCUUCUACGCCAGAAAUGCGGGUUGAUGCUUCAACUCAGAAAAGUGAAGAAAGUGAGACAUUUGACGUAGAGCUCACAAAAAAUGUCCAAGGAUUAGGAAUUACCAUUGCUGGAUACAUUGGAGAUAAAAAAUUAGAACCUUCAGGGAUCUUUGUUAAGAGCAUUACAAAAAGCAGUGCUGUGGAACAUGAUGGAAGAAUCCAAAUUGGAGACCAAAUUAUAGCAGUAGAUGGCACAAACCUUCAGGGCUUUACCAAUCAACAAGCAGUGGAGGUGUUGCGCCACACGGGACAGACUGUGCAUCUGACGCUAAUGAGAAGAGGGACCAAGCAGGAUGCUGAACCGGCGUCACGGGAGGAUGUCACAAAAGACGCGGCUUUGUCUCCUGUUACUGCGAAUGUUAGCAAAGAUACUUAUCAAGAAGAUGAAGAUUGUUUAUCUCUGAGGAGAAACACCAGCAUAUUACCAAUUGAAGAAGAAGGUAAACACAUGGAGCCAGUGUCAGCUGACAGAGAGGAAGCAGAAGAUGCGCAACAGCAGGAGGCUGCCCUGCUGGCCAAGUGGCAGAGGACGAUGGGGAUUAACUAUGAGAUAGUGGUGGCUCAUGUGAGCAAGUUCAGCGAGAACAGUGGGUUGGGAAUAAGUCUGGAAGCAACAGUAGGCCAUCAUUUUAUUCGAUCUGUCCUCCCAGAAGGUCCUGUUGGACACAGUGGGAAGCUUUUCAGUGGAGAUGAGCUGUUGGAAGUGAAUGGCAUAACCCUACUUGGGGAGAAUCACCAGGAUGUGGUGACUGUUCUGAAAGAGCUGCCUGUAGCGGUGACAAUGGUGUGCUGUCGUCGAACCGUGCCACCUGCUGCCCCGUCGGAGUUGGAGAGCCUGGACUUAUGUGACAUGGAACUAACAGAGAAGCCUCACGUAGAUCUAGGUGAGUUCAUCGGGUCCUCGGAGACAGAGGAUCCUGUGCUGACUAUGACUGAUGUGGGUCGGAAUGCAGAGGAAGUUCAAGGACCUUUGGCUAUGUGGGAAGCCGAUGUUCAGAACAUAGAGCUGGAGAAAGGGAGCAAAGGACUUGGUUUUAGCAUUUUAGAUUACCAGGAUCCAAUUGACCCAGCAAGCACUGUGAUCGUCAUUCGUUCUUUGGUGCCUGGUGGAAUUGCCGAAAAGGAUGGACGACUACUCCCUGGAGAUCGACUCAUGUUUGUCAAUGAUGUUAACUUGGAAAACAGCAGUCUCGAGGAAGCUGUACAGGCCCUGAAGGGUGCACCAUCAGGAACUGUGAGAAUAGGCGUUGCCAAGCCUUUGCCUCUGUCCCCAGAAGAGGGUUAUGUUUCUGCUAAGGAGGAUUCCUUUCUCUACCCGCCACAUUCCCGCGAGGAGGAAGGGCUGGCUGAUAAAGCCCUCUUCAGGGCUGACUUGGCUCUGGUGAACGCAAAUGAUGCUGACUUAGCAGAUGAAUCUGCCUUUGAGUCACAGUACUCUCCUGAUAAUGACAGUAUCUACUCUACUCAAGCCUCUAUUUUAUCUCUUCAUGGCAGUGCUUGUAGUGAUAACCUGAAUUAUGGUCCCUCCCUUCCAUCUUCUCCUCCCAAGGAUAUUACUGAAAAUUCCUCAGAUUCAGUACUUGAUCUGCAGAUGUCCUUGGAGGAGCUGUAUGCCCAAAAUCUCUUGCAAAGACAGGAUGAGAGUUCGCCUUCGGUGGACUUGAGCAUGGGGCCGGCUUCUGGCUUUGCCAUGAAUGACUAUACACCUGCAAAUGCUAUUGAAGAGCACUAUGAAUGUGGCAGCAUCAGAGCUUGGACUGAGUCUCGCCUACCCAAUGAAGUUGUAUCAAGUGCAGAGCUGAAUUCUCCUGUGCUGACUGAUUCGACUGGAAAGGGCUCCAAGUUCUUAAUUCCACAGGGUUCCCUGGCCUCUGCUGCUGAGUGCGUCAUGCUCCAAAAUGCACCCAGAGAAUCUUUCGAGAGGACUAUUGCGAUAGCAAAAGGCAAUUCUAGCUUAGGAAUGACAGUAAGUGCUAAUAAAGAUGGCUUGGGGGUGAUUGUUCGAAGCAUUAUUCACGGAGGUGCCAUUAGUCGAGAUGGUCGGAUUGCUGUUGGGGACUGCAUCUUGUGUAUUAAUGAAGAAUCUACUAUCAGUUUAACCAAUGCCCAGGCACGAGCCUUGUUGAGAAGACAUUCCCUCAUUGGGCCUGACAUAAAAAUUACGUAUGUACCUGCAGAAUAUUUGGAAGAGUUCAAAAUAAGCUUGGGGCAGCAAUCUGGAGGAAUAAUGGCACUGGAUAUUUUUGCUUCUUACACUGGCAGAGACAUUCCAGAGCUACCCGAGCGAGAAGAAGGAGAGGGGGAAGAAAGUGACCUUCAAAAUGCAGCCUACAGCAACUGGAAUCAGCCUCGGCGGGUUGAACUUUGGCGAGAACCAAGCAAAUCCUUGGGCAUCAGCAUUGUUGGUGGACGAGGGAUGGGGAGUCGUCUAAGCAAUGGUGAAGUGAUGAGGGGCAUUUUCAUCAAACAUGUUCUUGAAGAUAGUCCAGCUGGCAAAAAUGGAACCCUGAAACCUGGAGAUAGAAUAGUAGAGGUGGAUGGCAUGGACCUCAGAGAUGCAAGCCAUGAACAAGCUGUGGAAGCCAUUCGGAAAGCAGGCAACCCUGUAGUCUUUAUGGUACAGAGCAUUAUAAACAGACCAAGGAAAUCCCCUUUGCCUUCCUUGCUGCACUGGCUUUCCCCUAAGUACAAGCUCAGCAGCACUAACCCAUUUGCUGGUUCUCUACAGUUCCACGCUGACAAGGUGCCCAGUCAGUCAGAAUCAGAGUCAGAAAAGCCUCCUCUGUGCCACUCACCUCCACCCCCGCCUCCAGUGUUGGCAGAAAUGAGUGGGGAUCAGGCUCUGUCAUCUGCAAAUGAAACCUCAGAAGAUGUGGAUGAAGAGGAUGAGUUUGGUUAUAGCUGGAAAAAUAUCAGAGAACGUUAUGGAAGCCUCACAGGCGAGCUCCACAUGAUCGAACUAGAGAAAGGUCGUAGUGGUUUGGGUCUGAGUCUUGCUGGGAACAAAGACCGAUCGAGAAUGAGUGUUUUUAUAGUGGGGAUUGAUCCAAAUGGAGCAGCUGGGAAAGAUGGUCAACUGCAGAUUGCAGAUGAGCUUCUAGAGAUCAAUGGUCAAAUUUUAUAUGGAAGAAGUCAUCAGAAUGCUUCAUCAAUCAUCAAAUGUGCCCCUUCUAAAGUAAAAAUAAUUUUUAUCAGAAAUAAAGAUGCAGUGAGUCAGAUGGCCGUAUGUCCUGGGCAUCCAGUGGAACCUUCACCUGCUACCUCAGAGAAUCUUCAAAAUAAGGAGGCUGAACCGAGUGUUUCUACUUCUGACGCAGUUGUUGACCUCAGUUCAUUGACGAAUGUGCAACAUUUAGAACUUCCUAAGGAUCAGGGGGGUUUGGGCAUUGCCAUAAGUGAAGAAGAUACACUCACUGGGGUCAUCAUAAAGAGUCUAACAGAGCACGGGGCAGCAGCCACGGAUGGACGACUGAAAGUUGGAGAUCAGAUCUUGGCUGUAGAUGAUGAAGUUGUUGUUGGCUAUCCUGUUGAAAAGUUUAUUAACCUUCUGAAAACCGCAAAGACAAAAGUGAAAUUGACGAUUCGUGCUGAGAAUCCAGACUCCCAGGCUACUACUUCAGUAAUUGCUACAGCCAACGGAGAAAAAAAGAGCAGCCCCCAGUCUCCAGUGGUCCCACCGUCUAGCUCUCCAGAACCAGAGCCCAUGCGAAGUACAAGCAGGUCGUCAACACCAGCAAUCUUUGCUUCUGAUCCUGCAACCUGCCCCAUCAUCCCAGGCUGUGAAACAACAAUUGAGAUUUCCAAAGGGCGGACAGGACUGGGCCUGAGCAUUGUUGGGGGGUCCGACACACUGCUGGGUGCCAUUAUUAUCCAUGAAGUUUAUGAAGAAGGAGCAGCAUGUAAAGAUGGAAGACUCUGGGCUGGAGAUCAGAUUUUAGAGGUAAAUGGAAUUGACUUGAGGAAGGCCACACAUGAUGAAGCGAUAAAUGUCCUAAGACAAACACCACAAAGGGUGCGCCUGACGCUCUACAGAGAUGAGGCCCCAUACAAAGAGGAGGACGUGUAUGACACCCUCACCGUCGAGCUGCAGAAGAAGCCAGGGAAAGGCCUGGGGUUGAGUAUUGUUGGUAAAAGAAAUGAUACUGGAGUGUUUGUGUCCGAUGUUGUCAAAGGAGGCAUUGCGGAUGCUGACGGGCGACUGCUACAGGGAGACCAGAUACUAACGGUGAAUGGAGAAGACGUCCGUCAUGCAACGCAGGAAGCCGUUGCGGCUCUGCUGAAGUGUUCCCUAGGCACAGUGACCUUGGAAGUCGGAAGAGUCAAAACUGGUCCAUUCCAUUCGGAGAGGAGACCUUCUCAAAGCAGCCAGAUGAGUGAAGCCAGCCUGUCUUCAUUCACUUUUCCACUUUCGGGAUCCGGUACAUCUGAGUUACUGGAAAGUAGUUCAAAGAAGAAUGCACUGGCAUCUGAAAUACAGGGAUUAAGAACUGUUGAAAUUAAAAAGGGGCCCGCUGACUCGUUGGGUGUCAGCAUUGCUGGAGGAGUGGGCAGUCCGCUGGGUGAUGUUCCUAUAUUUAUUGCAAUGAUGCACCCAAAUGGAGUUGCAGCUCAGACGCAGAAACUCAGAGUUGGGGAUAGGAUUGUCACUAUCUGCGGCACAUCCACGGAGGGGAUGACUCACACCCAGGCAGUUAACUUACUGAAAAAUGCCUCUGGCCCCAUUGAAAUGCAGGUGGUCGCUGGAGGAGAUGUGAGUGUGGUCACAGGUCAUCAACAGGAGCCUGCCAGUUCUAGUCUUUCUUUCACUGGGCUGACGUCAAGUAGUAUAUUUCAAGAUGACUUAGGGCCUCCUCAGUGUAAGUCUAUUACACUAGACCGAGGACCAGAUGGCUUAGGCUUCAGUAUAGUAGGAGGAUAUGGCAGUCCUCAUGGAGACUUACCCAUUUAUGUUAAAACAGUGUUUGCGAAGGGAGCAGCCUCCGAAGAUGGCCGUCUAAAGAGGGGUGAUCAGAUCAUUGCUGUCAAUGGGCAGAGUCUGGAAGGGGUAACCCACGAAGAAGCGGUUGCCAUCCUUAAGCGGACAAAAGGCAGUGUCACUCUGAUGGUCCUCUCCUGAAUUUGCUGCCAGAAUUGAGCCACUUCAACUUCUCCCUCACAUCUCACGUUAUAAAGAGAGUGAUCCUGCACAUUUUUCCCAGGCUGCGUUCACUGGGCUCUUCAAUACUGUAGGAAAAAAAAUAACAUUUAGGUUUGCUUUGUCAUAUGGAAAUAAUUUUCUUACUGACACCCUAGCAUCACUUUCCCAUUCUCUUUAUAUUUUGCGAUGUAAACUCAAAGAGAAGGGCUCUUUGUUUGCAUAGAUAAAGCUGGUCUUACUUCCUGAAGAUACCUGACAUUUUAUAAUCAGGUGGGCAAAUUUUAAUGCAUGAUCAGUGGUUAGUAGAGAAAGAAAAAGUCACUCAAAAGCUAACCAAGGAGAAGUGGCUUCAUGAAAUUAAGGUGAAAAAUGAAAGUAUAAGGAAGAAAAUCUCGAGUUUUAUAAAAAUGUAUUUUGUUAAUCUACCUUCUCUCCCCACUUCUAGCUUAGAAAAGUUGUACUGAAAGUCUUUAAAAAUUCUUUCAAUAUUUAAUUAUUUUAAAUAUUACUAAAACAUUGCAUCUGCUAGCUCUAAUAUAUACAUAUAUAGUUUUCUCCAAAAAUGGACUUCAUGAUUGAGUAAAAUAGCAGCAAUAGGAAUCAAUGUCCCUAAGUUUGUAAAGAAACCAUUUAUUGCACAUCUUGAGGUUCAUUUUCAUUUUUGACAUAUUGUAUAACAUUUCACCUUUCUAUAAGUAAAAGGAUGGCCUUGUCCUGUAUUGACUGUGGUUUCUCUAGAAAGCCUCCAUGCUAACCAUGCAGGCACGUGGAAGGGUCUCUGAAUUGCUAGUGCUGGUAUGAAGGGAUGCUUUGCUGAAAAUGUGUCUGUGUGCUGUGCAAUUGGUUUUCAGUUAGUAUUAAUCUUAAUGACAGAGAAAAAAGCAAUGUGUUAGUAAUUAUUUUGGUUGUAUGCCAUUAGUAAAUUGAUAGAAAAAUUAAGGGGAUUAACAUAACUUCAUUUCAUUGCCUUAUAUUAACAUCUUAUAAUACAAUAGUUUAAGACUAAGGGAAACAGAUGGAGCUGUUUAUUGAGACAACUGGUGAGGAAUUAUCAUGUGUUCAUUCCCAUUUUAGAGCGUGAAACUCCUACAUUAGAAUAUAUAAAGUCAUUUUGAAUAUUAUCUAUAUUUGUAACAAAAGUAGUGUACAGAUAUUUUAUUACAGCACUUUUGUGUAAAUGCAGAAUUGAAAUGAAUAAAUAAACUUCAUGGUGCACCAAAAAAAAAAAAGGCAGGCAUAUAAUUUUUUUGUUCUUUUUACUGGGAAAGAGCUUUAUUGUUCAAAAUUUGCAAUUUAAAAUUGGUUUUUAUCAUGUCUAACUGAACAUAUGGUGUCCAUAGUUACAGUUAGAGGAACUUUGGACAACUGCAUUAUGAAAAGCUCAAUGUUUUUUUUGCCCAGAUUUUUUAUGCUAAAGAUUCAUAAACUCUGCAUAGAGUAGAGGAAGAAAACAGUGUUGAAGAAAGAGAGGUGUUGUGCCUGUAUGUGGUUUUCUGAAAUGAUAUGAGUGAAACAGUGUUUUGAAUUGUUCUUUAGAGGGGUCAAGACCUAAAGCAUGUUCAGAUAGAAAAAAGUCAUAGUGAAAAUUAUUUUUAAUAACAUGAGAAAUAUGAUUUGAACCCUGAGCAAGGAAUUGGGGAGCCUUUGUUCUGCCAGUUCUUUCCCAGUUACCUAAUGAACAUAUGCAUUCCCUCUGAUUUAUCUCCUGUGUGAAGUGAUAGGUUAUUUUAUCCCAAAUCUUGUUAUCAAGUUCUAAAUAAAAAUUCUGUGGUUCUUAGAUAUACAAAAUGAAUGGAUAGAGCUACUGCUGCUAAGUCACUUCAGUCAUGUCUGACUCUGUGUGACCCCAUCCCUGGGAUUCUCCAGGCAAGAACACUGGAGUGGGUUGCCAUUUCCUUCUCCAGUGCAUAAAAGUGAAAAGUGAAAGUGAGGUCGCUCAGUCAAGUCCAACUCUUCAUGACCCCAUGGACUGCAGCCUACCAGGCUCCUCCGUCCAUGGGAUUUUCCAGGCAAGAGUACUGGAGUGGGGUGCCCUUGCCUUCUCCGGAAUAGAGCUACACGUUGCAAGAAUUCAGGAGAUAUUCUUCCCAACUAUCUCUUGUAAACUGAGAUACCUGAUGCUACAAAAUGCAUUUCAGGAUCCCAGUGACACAGUCAACUUCUUAGUCACCAAGGAAAUGGCCCUUCAUCAUGAAGGCAUGUCAGGAUCCUUUCGUGGCUGGCUGCUGGAAGCUGAACCACCCGCUUAUAUGUUUUAACUAGCAAAGGUCUUAUGGAGGCCACUGUACGGCAUGCCCUAGGAAGGCAGCUUAACCAGUGAGUGUUGGCUUGAGUGUGUGUGGGAGUACCACAGUGACAGCAGCCCAAGAGGUAACUGUACUAGUCUGUGUAGCGUUGCCCCCAAAAUUACAUCUCCCAGGAACCACAGAAUGUGACCUUAUUUGGAAACAGGAUAUUUGUGGAUGCAGUCAGUUCAGUUAAAAUGAAGUCAUGCUGGAUUACAAUAGGCCCAAAAUUCUUAAGAGAAGGCCAAAGAGAGACAUAAAGACAUAGAAGACCAUGUAAAGAUAGGGACCAAAAAACAAACAAAAAUAUCUGCGGCCACCAGAAGCUCGACGAGACUAGGAAGAAUUUUUCCCUGGAGUCUUUGGAGAGACCUUGUCCCUCACUUUCAGACAUCUGGCCUCCAGAACACUGAGAAUAAAUUUCUGCCGUUGUAAACCACCUCAUAUGUAGUACUUUGCAAUGGAAGCCCUAGGACACUAUAAUCUUGGAUGUUUUUAUAUUCUUAGCUACCAUUGCUAUGCCUGGCAAAUAGGAGAGACUGUAUACAUUUUUAUUCAGUAUGUAGAUGAUUGAAUUAUAAGUUGUGGUUAAUUCAUGGUAUUACCUUGUUUUAGUUAAGCUAGCUACGGUCUUUAUAUUGAAUUCAAAACAGAAAGCAGUGGGAAUGCCACUUAGGGGUGCGAAACACUAGGGGAAAGCGUCCCUCCUGAACUGCUAUUAAUUAACAAAGUCGAAGCAUGUGGACGUGAAGAGAAGAAGGGAAAAAAGGAAGGAAAAGAAGAUUUGAGAGGAAAAGAAUAUAGAUGCAUCAGCAUUAGAGAAUGACAGAGGCUUAUGCUUCUUAUAUUAUUCCUUCUUGGAAACAUAAGAUUUCUCUGUGGGGAAGGAAAAAAGUGUUUGAACAAAGAGUUUGAAGACUUGAACAUCAUAGUAUUAAUGCCAUAUGCAACUCAAGACCAUGCGCAAGUCAUGAUUGUGGUUUGCCCGUAAUAGGUUCAGAAUAUUUGCUUGUGUGAUUAAAUCACAUCCAUGAAUGCCAGACAUUUCUGGUUUCUUUGUGACAUCUUCUGAAUGAUGAUGAUGGUGACAAUGAUGAUGUGUUUAAUUUCAACAUCUACUGAUACAUAGCAGCUGAUGUUGCAGUGCGGUGUAGCAAGUCAGUAGAACCCAUUUAUCAGAAUAGCGAUGAAAUUGGAAACAUGAAAGAUUAAAAUUCAUGAAAGACAAGAAAAAGAUUUUUUUUUUCCAUUUUAAGACUCUUGAUAAAGCAGAUUUUGAUUGAUUCAAAGAAGCAAAGGAAGCUCUUCCCUGCUCUGAAAUUACUGUGCCAAGCUGCCUUAGAUCUGGUCAUCUAGCUUACUGUCUGAGAAUGCCAGACAGUGAUUUAGUACCUUUCUUCAGAUCUCCAUCAUGGUGAGUGGAAAAGUUGAAAGGAUGCCUGCAGGGAGACAAGAAUCAAUAAGCUUUUGAGGUCUAGGUGUGGAAAUGACAAAACUAUCAUCACCUGCUUUCAGCAGCCCUGGUGUGUUCUUUCGUAUCAGUGACAAGUAUUCUGGAAUGCAUUUGAUUUGUGCAAAGAUGUUCCUCAACUUUGUCUACCAAAAAGUAAUGUUUAACUUUGACUCUUCCUAAAGGGAGUUAUUUUAUUUUUACGGUGGGAUUGGACUCUGUUACCUCAAGGAAAGAAAAAAUGUUGGCGGCGGGAACAUUUCUAAAUGAAUAGUGUGGAGACUAGGAAAGCAAAUGUGGUUACUAUGAUUUUUGUAUAAUUGACCUUGCAGCUUUUUGCCUUCAAAAUAUGGUUACUCCAUUUUAUGUAAAUUAGAAAAAACUGUAUCAUUUUUCUAGGAAUCUUAUUUAUCAUUCAAGUAUUAGUAAGUUCAGUCAUAGGCCCUGUAAAGGAUUUCUUUCAAGACAGUGACAGACGAAUGGUAAUGACCUCAGAAUUCUCUCACUGAAAAUGUUUCUUGAUGUUUCAGAAAAGUUACAACCAUCAUCAAAAAGGCAGCUUCUAAGAGGGUGCUUCAACUUGUUCAUUUAAUAAAGGACAUUUUUCAGAAAGUUGUGUCAUUUGCUGAUUCUUUGUGAUCCCUUCUCUCGUCUUCCAACAUCCUCCCCCUCCUCACAUGUGUAUUUUCUGAAAUA